CUGGAAGGCUGGUCGAUUCAGAGUGUGAAGGUCCUAUCAGAAGAAUGCAACGAUAGUGUCAGACGAAUCAUUGAACAGUUCUUUCAGCCUGUUGCUGAAAGUACAGAACAGGUUGCUGCUCGUAAGGAGAUAGUGAAGGAUUGGUUGCAACGCUCCGCUGUCCAGUUCCAAGAAGUCGGCAACGACAUCGUGAUUUUUCACGGGGUUCUGAAAAUCACACCACCGUAUACGCUGGACAGCCUCGAAAGCCAGAACGCCGUCGUUCUUGCUCGCGUGGAAGAAGCUUGCAUCGAAGAGGUGAUAAGGGGCAAAUUUUCGCUUCAAAUGGACACGUUCGAAUUAACUUUAGUAUCGACCGACGUUGGUCGAGAAGAAGCACUUCUUCAGAUUGCUGAUGCGGUAGAAAAGUACAUAACGAAACCGCACAGUCUUAAAGAGCAGAAGUCGUUCUCCGGAAAGCGUUCUGAAAGCUCACAAAAGGUCGCAACUGCCACUACAAGUGACUUCAAGGAGGCGCCGGUUGCUCUAGUUAAACAAGGGACUGUCGAGAUAGCUGGUCCUCCGUUGGACUACGCGGACAAGUUUUUACCCGUUCCAUCAUUUAACGUCCCAGAUGUGCUGCCGGAUUUACCUGGGGGUGCUUUAGCUGAACGCAGUCUGGCCGUUGAUAAAGAUAAGAAUGAAGAAUCGUGUCAGAAAUCUACAUCUGCUGAACAAAAUACCGCCGUACCCGAGUCAGCGUCUGUGAUGCCUUCAUUGGCCGUUCCAGAAAAGAGUUUCUCAGCGGAAUCCGCUCCUUCUCUUCUUUCCGUCCCGCCUCCUCCUCCCCCGCCAAAUGUCCCACCACCGUCGCUCGAUAGCCCUCUACCCAACUUCCUAUCCGCUAACGUUUCAGUGCAGAAGACGGCAGGAAAUACUCGUGCUGACCUAAUGGCUGCUAUUAGAAAGGCAGGGGGCGCUGAAAAAUUUUCAUUUCGUUCUGUGGCAGACGAGAAACGUCGAAAAAAACUGGAGAAGAAUAAAGCAGACGAGUUCAGGAAAGAUAUUGCAUCAAAAGUUGGCUCAAACAGCAUAAUGGAUGACCUGAAAACAGCAUUGGAGAAUAGACGGAAAGGUAUCACCGGCAGGCUUCAGGGCAACAGCACAGAAAAAAGAAAUACGCCAGACGAAGUCAUGAAGAGACUCGCUGAUAGCUUUCCAACCCCGGAAUGCACUGUUUUAAAUGAUCUUGAGAUUCCUGAAGAUGACUGGAACAGUUAA